AUGCUGACAGUAAGUCAGGGUUUUGUAGUUCUGAUAAUUUUUUUGAUAAUUGUUGAGUUUUUCAAACUGCAAAAGGCACGCAAGCAACUCCCUCCUGGACCAACUCCUCUCCCAUUGCUCGGAAACUUGAUGCACACCUACUUCCAGUUUCAUCGGGAUCUUCUGAUGGAGCUGGCAAAAACUCACGGUAACAUCUAUACUUUGUGGUAUGGGUCGAUGCCAUUGGUCAUACUGAAUGGAUACCAAGCAGUGAAGGAUGGCAUGACUACACACCCUGAAGACGUUUCUGGGAGGAAGAUAACUCCUUUCCUCAAAGAAAUGGCCAAAGGAAAAGGUAUUAUACUGGCAAGUGGCCACUCCUGGAAGCAGCAGAGACGCUUUGGUAUAAUGACUCUACGCAAACUGGGAAUGGGCAAAAAAGUCCUGGAGCAUCGAGUGCAAGAUGAGGCCUCUCACCUGGUGGAGCUCUUUGUAAAUCUGAAAGGAAGACCGGUGGAUCCUUCUUUCCCUCUUUUCCAUUCUAUCUCAAAUGUAAUUUGUGCUCUGGUUUUUGGAUAUCACUUCUCUGAUGAGGACAAAACCUUUCAUGAGCUGAUCAGUGCCACAGAGAACAUAUUCAGAUUUGUAGGCAGCUUUGUUUAUCGGCUGUAUGAAAUCCUCCCUUGGUUGAUACACCAUCUCCCUGGGCCUCACAGGAAAGCCUUAUCUUGCUAUGAUGUCCUGAGUUCUUUUGCAAGGAAGGAGAUCAGAAGACACAUAGAGAGAGGGCUACCAGAUGAACCACAGGACUUCAUUGACUUCUACCUGGCUGAGAUGGAGAAAUCUAAAGAUGAGGUCACACCCAAGUAUGAUGAAGAAAAUUUGGUACAUGUUAUAAAUGAUCUUUUCCUCGGUGGAUCAGAGACCACAAGCACAACAUUGUACUGGGCACUGCUUUAUAUGGUAGUGAAUCCAGACAUCCAAGAGAAAGUGCAGAAGGAGCUGGAUGCUGUUUUGGGUCCUUCCAAGUUAAUUUGCUAUGAGGAUCGGAGAAAACUGCCCUAUACCAAUGCUGUGGUUCAUGAGAUCCAACGCUUCAGCAACAUUCUCUUUGUAGGUCUGCCCAGAGUAUCUGUGAGGGACACGACAUUGUUGGGAUACCCCAUCAAAAAGGACACCAUCAUUGUCCCAAAUAUAGGAUCUGUUCUGUACGACCCUGAGCAAUGGGAGACACCUCGACAGUUCAACCCUGGCCAUUUCCUGGAUAAAGAAGGAAACUUUGUACCUCGAGAAGCCUUCUUACCAUUCUCAGCAG